CUGCUGCGCCCCGGGGUCCCGUUUGGUGCCCGCGGCGGCCGGGAAGCGGGCGGUGACCGGCAGCUAGGACCCCGGCCUAACAUGGCUGAAGUCAGCAUCGACCAGUCCAAGCUGCCUGGAGUCAAGGAAGUAUGCCGAGAUUUUGCUGUCCUGGAAGACCACACCCUGGCUCACAGCCUGCAGGAACAAGAGAUUGAGCAUCAUUUGGCAUCGAACGUUCAACGAAACCGUUUGGUCCAACAUGAUCUCCAGGUGGCUAAGCAACUCCAAGAAGAAGAUCUGAAAGCCCAGGCUCAGCUCCAGAAGCGCUACAAAGACCUUGAACAGCAAGACUGUGAAAUUGCUCAGGAAAUCCAGGAGAAGCUGGCAAUUGAGGCGGAGAGACGGCGCAUUCAGGAGAAAAAAGAUGAGGACAUAGCUCGCAUUUUGCAAGAAAAGGAGUUACAGGAAGAAAAAAGACGAAAGAAACACUUUCUAGAGUCCUCUGGAGCCAGUGCUUAUGGAGAUAGUUACUAUUAUGAAGAUGGAGGAACAAAACCAAGAGGGGUGAAAGAAGCUAUCUCUACUCCAUCACGAGUGACCCACAGGGAUCAAGAGUGGUAUGAUGCUGAAAUUGCCAGAAAACUGCAAGAAGAAGAACUUUUGGCUACCCAGGUAGAUAUGAGAGCAGCUCAAGUAGCCCAAGAUGAGGAAAUUGCUCGACUGCUAAUGGCUGAGGAGAAGAAAGCUUACAAGAAAGCCAAGGAACGGGAGAAAUCAUCUUUGGACAAAAGGAAGCCUGACGCUGAGUGGAAGCCAAAAACAGCUAAGUCAGCACUCCCAAAGUCAAAAGAGAAUGAUGAACCUCACCGAUGGAAGAAUGACAGGCCAGCACGGCCUCCACCCCCUGCCAUGACAGAUGCUGAAGAUUACACUCACUUUACAAACCAGCAUAGUGCCACACGUCAUUUCUCAAAAUCAGAAUCCUCUCAUAAAGGUUUCCACUACAAGCAGUAAAAACCUCGGAUUCUGCCUUGAAAUUUCAGACUCACUGUAGCAAAUAUUAGUAGAUGAUACAGAUUGCAUUCUGCAUUUAUUUUUUCCUCAUAUAUUUGCAUUCCUAGGUUUUAUCCUCAAGUGUUUUUCUGACCACAAAUAAUUUUAAUUCAUUUCAAAUGCCUUGGUUAUUCCUGAUCACUUGGGCAGUGCAAGAAAAUCUAGCUUCUGAAUACUGGCCACCUUUGUGCUUUAUAUCUAUCCUGGGAUAUGGUGUCUGGGAGCUCUAAAAGAUGCCACUUUUGUUAGAGUUGGAGUAUUGGAUUUUAGGGACUACGCUUUAAUACAGCAAGCAAUUAGAACUUUAUGAAGAAUGGUCAAAAUAAAGUAUGUUUGGAUGCAAUGCAUAAACAAUAAAAGAA